UCCUGGCUGGCGACCCACCGUGCGCCAAGCCAAUCAGCUGAGUGGCGCACACAGCUGGGCUGGGCCUCGACUUGAUCAGACUUGACGUCUUUGGCAGCGGCCGCGAAACAAAGGUCUUUGUUGAGCAUCCAAUCAACCGCAUCGAGUCUUUCGCUGCUUGUCGUUCGGGCUUUGCACACAGCCUUGCCAUGAGAGCCUAGCUGGCUGUCGGGCACCGCUUUUUUUUCUUGUUUAUGGUAUAAUAUCCAUUCAUCUAGGCGUUCAAAGCGGCAGCAUGUCAUGCUCCCCGUCUUCGCCUCAUAUAUCUUCGGUUGCCACUGUAGCAUGAGCUGGCUGCAACAUCUUAUUCUUUCCCAAUCUAUUUAUUCACUUUGAAUAACAAUCUGUGCUGGUGCGCAGCCCUAACCUGGUGAGGCUAUCCGCGUCAGCUAUGCCAAGCGGUCGCACCCUAGCAUCCCCUUUUGGUUCACUGGCAGCAUAGAGCUUCUCCUGAGAGAGACCACAACGCCCCCAGGCCACCGGCGCGCUGCGCACAGGCACAAUGGACGCCACCAUGGAUCCGGGAAUGGCCGUCGACCUUGAGGAGGUCGACCUGUUCGGUGAUCCUGUCGCUGUCAGCUUGAUGUCGGCCACUCGCCCGCCCCCCAGCAAGCAGCUACUGUCACGCCUCGACGAGAUGAGAGGCCGUGGCUGCUGUCAGAAGAUUGCAUGGUCGCGCCAGGGCACCAUAGCCUCCGUCUCGGCCGAUGGUCGCUCCGUCGAUCUGCGCUACCUCCGGAGCCACCCAGACGACGCCGCAUGGGGACUGAGUGACUCGACCACAUACAGCUCCUUUGGCUCAGUCGCCCCUCAGACUGGUGGCGGCCAGAUCGCUCACCUCGCCUGGGCCUCCUCCGGGAAUCCCGAGCUGGCCGUCGUCGACGAUGUUGGCCGUGUCAGCUUUAUCCAAUGCCCCGUCAGCCUCAACCGCGCCUUCACCACUAGGACAUGGGACGCCGACCCGGUCGAUGAGCUCGGCGCCGUCGUAGGCUGCUACUGGCUGCCGCUGGCAACCCCCGGCAAGCAGCAGUACACGGCCCUGCAGGGUCCCGCUGUUCGUGAGGGCAACGGCUGGAGGUAUGAGACGUCGUACAAGCCUGCCAUCGGGCCCUCCCACCCGAACCCGUCCAAGAGCGCCUUUGUGUGCAUCACCGCCGGCGGGACGCUCAAGAUGUUUUACUCGCAGCCCAACAACAAGAUUCAGGAGACUUCGCUGGAGCUAGAAAACAUCGGCGGCUCUGACGAUCUCAUCACGCACGCCUCUAUCUGCCCCGACAGAAGCAGCAGCGGCCUGUGCAUCACCCUUGCCCUCACCUCCAGGCUGCUCAAGCUUGUGAAGGUCGCCAUCAACUGGGGCCUGCCGCCGCAGGUGGACAAGCAGAACCCCCCAAACACCCACCCGCUAAAUCCCACAUUCAAGGAGAAGCGUAUGGCCGUCGUGAGCUGGAUGCCGCUUGGGGGGCCGCCGCCGGGGCCCGAGCCUCCCCUGGAUAUUUCCAUGGCUCACAUCUCGCUUCUCGAGCUGCUGCCUACCACGCUGGGGCCCAACAAUCAGCAGGGAUUCGUCCCGCCGCUCAUCCUGGCCGUGCGGUCGCACGUAUCGCCCUUUAGCCACAUCGUGCAGAGCGUCCUGGACGUCUGGGAGAUCGUGGAUGAUCAGGCGCAAUCAGCCCAGCCCCAGGCCCUGCACUCGGCCUUCCAGCAACUCAGCUCCCGCACCGGCGCUCCCGCCCCGCAGCCGGCCACGCGCCUCCACCGGCUGGACCCUAUCUGGCUCGACAAGGUGGCCGUGUCCAUCCAGCUACUGCACCCGGGGAGGGUCAUCUGUCUCGUCUUCAGCGACGGCACCGUUCAGCAUCGUGACCGUCAUACUCUCGAGGUCAUGUACGCCAGUCCUGAUCUCGAGCGCGUCUCGGCCCUGGAUGGACUGGGCUUCCGGUUCGCCGACGAGACACCCUGCCUGCAGGCCGCCUUCUCGCCCACGAGCUGCUCCUUUGUGCAGGUCUGCGAAGAUUCCAAGGUCAGGUGGAACAGCCUGCGCUACCCUGCUGCCGAUAUCGGCUCGACCACGCAGGACGCGCAGUACUACGCCGUCGUGGCUGGUCUCGCCAUGUCCGUCGCGGCGGCGUCAUCUCACACCAACUACGAUGACAUCUUGGCUAUCGGGCGCCAGUUCAUCGACAAGCCUCGUUUUGCGUACGACUGGGUCAUGGAGGUGGCACGGGUGCUCAAGAUCCAUAUCGACUACUCGGAGGAGGCGCAUCACGACCAGCUCGUGCGCAACCACCACCUGCAGCUCUGCCUCAGCAUUCUGCACCACAUGGGGCUGUAUGGCGAGUUCCGCCCGCGCUCAUUUGGGGGCAAAUUCGGCGCUGUGGCCCUCGGCAUCCGCAGCAUCGUUAUCCUGAUAACGAUUGCCAGUCACACAUACAAGGCGGACAAGCUCGUGCCGCUGGACGAGCCCGACGUUGUGGACGCGCUGGCGACGGGCUCCAAGUGGACGCUGGAUGUGCUCUCGUGGCUGGCCGAAAGCCUUUUCGAUCUUGCCGACGAUGCCAAGUUCGAGGCGCUGCUGAACCCGACCGACUGGAAGAACGUCAUGGAAUACCUGCAUAGCCGUAACAACGAUAUCGCCCUCCAUCUUCUGCUCUGCUCCUCGACGAGGGGAUUUAUCCAAGCUGCCUGCCGGCGUCUCAUCCACCUGGAUUCCCUCAGCCACAGAGCUACAGAUUAUUACGAGAAGAACUACACGCAGGCGCCGGGCCAGGACAGCUCUGCCGUCCCAAGCAACCGGCUGCAUCUGUCAUAUCAGCGAAUGCAACGGUACACGUCCUCUAGCCUCAUCAAGGUGGCUGAGUUUGGAGAGCUGCUGUCGGUCUUGGGCAGCGAAAUCCGAAGUGCAUACGAGGUGAUGCUACGGCCUCUAGCGGAGCGACAACGACUGCAGCAGCGUCAACAACAGCAGCAGCAACAGCAGCAGGGGCCCAACGGCAACAAAACGCAACAGCAGCAGCAACAACAGGGCGGCCCAGAUCAGGCAGUCAAGCGUGCCCAGGCUCAGUGCGAGCUGUCGUUAUUGCUGGGCAACGCGCCGCCCAACGGAUUUAUCCCCGUGCUCAAAAAGUUCUUCUUUGAAGUUAACCUGCCCGCUUUCCGGGCCCAGACGGACCGAGCGCAGCUGUUUUUUGCAGACUUCACCCUGCUCGAUGUUCUGGACGACCGCCGCAGCCUCCAGGAAAGACGCGCUCGGGGCAAGCAUGUCGACGCCUUCAAGCGCUCUGAGAUUGAGCUUGCCCCCAGGAAUGACGGCGCAGUGGCAUCGGCGACAGGACGGCAGCAGCAGCCGGGAGCGAAUGGAUCAACGGGCGUCCUGCUCCGUCGACGGUGCGUCCGGUGCGCGGCGGUCAUGGAAGACGUGACGGCACAGAAGCCGGCCGUCACCCUUGUUGUCGCACAGCAACGAAAAUGUCCCUGUGGGGGGUCCUGGGGCUUGCUAGCCAAGGGGGCUACAGCUGGCUAGGCUCGCAUUGGGGCGGCUGGGUCAUUACCACAAUGCUCCUGUUGAAGCGGGCAUAAAUGGCUGGUUUGAACAUCAAGGAUUGGAGGCGUUGGGGGAAAGGAAACAUCUUAUAUUCUUGGGUCGCCUUGAUUCCUGCGGCUUUUUGCUCGCUCUUUCAUUACUAUUAGUAUUUUCAUGACGCCUCGAUGGAUUCUUCUAUCAGCGAUAGUAUAGAUACGUGCCUAGUUUCAGCGUAAAAGUGGCUAGCCAAGUAGCCAUCAACAGCCUGUUGUGCGCACUCGCAGCUGUGAUGUUUGAUUAGAAAGAGUUGAGACGAAUGGAACCGGAAAUGCGAGCUGUGGA